AUGGCAGCCAACGCAGUAGCAGGCCCGUCCAACGGCGCUGCACCGCUCACAAAGAACGCCAAGCGCAGGGCCAAGAAAAAGCAGCAGAACCAACAACCGCAAGAGCCAAUCUCGUCGUCCUCCAUAUCCCAACCUUCCACCUCUGCAGCUGCAAUCAAGCAGGAAGAUACUGCGGUCUACGACGACGAUGAUGCUUCGGCGAGCAAGCCCUCAUCCAUCAUCGAAGAAGCUGCCGACAUCCGCAUAGACCCCGAUUCCGAGGUCUACAAAGCCUUCUCGAGCGUCCUGUCACGCUACCAGCCCGAUGCGCUCUCGCAGCAGCAGCAACCAUCGAAAGGCGAAGUCAUCUACUCGGACGACGACCUCGAGUCCGAGCACGACUCUGACCACUCCGACGCCGAGCUUCACUCCACAGCACAGCUCUCCAAACGCAAGCAGAAGAAGCUGCAGCGUCUCACCGUAGCCGAACUCAAGCAGCUCGUCGCCAAGCCCGAAGUGGUCGAAUGGACCGACGUCACCUCGAACGAUCCACGCCUACUCGUCCAUCUCAAAUGCGUCCGCAACUCAGUCCCCAUCCCUCCACACUGGGCGCAGAAGCGGGACUACCUCCAAAACAAGCGCGGCAUCGAAAAGCCCCAGUACCAGCUGCCCUCCUACAUCGCCGACACCGGCAUCGCGACCAUGAAAGACGCUCUCAAAGAAAAGGAAGCCGAAUCCACACUCAAGCAGCGCACGCGCGAUCGAGUCCAACCCAAGAUGGGCAAGAUGGACAUCGACUACCAGAAGCUCUACGAUGCAUUCUUCAAGUUCCAGUCGAAACCCCAUCUCACUCGGUACGGCGACACAUACUACGAGGGGAAAGAGAACGAAACGAAGUACAAAGAGAAACGGCCCGGUCAGUUGAGUCAGGAUCUCAUCGAGGCGUUAUCGAUCCCGCCGCUGGCACCGCCACCAUGGUUGAUCGCCAUGCAGCGGUACGGUCCCCCACCAAGCUAUCCGCAUCUGCAGAUCCCCGGGUUGAAUGCGCCCAUCCCGCAGGGGGCGAGUUGGGGCUUCCACCCCGGCGGAUGGGGGAGACCCCCCGUCGACGAGCUCGGCAAUCCUCUCUACGGGAACGUGCUUGCCAAUCUCGAAGAUCAAACCGACCCCGACCUGCUAGAUCCGGUAGAGAAGGAGCACUGGGGUCAGCUCGAGCCAGAAGAAUCCGACCCCGAGGAGGAAGAGGAAGAAGAGGAAGAAGAACCGGCCGAAGAACCCGCAGAGCCGAUGGAUAGCACUGGGAUCCAAUCCGUCUCCUCGGUCGGUGCAGGGCUGGAAACACCCUCGUUCACCGAGCUCCGCAAGGACGCGCGUAUUGAUUCGGGCGGACCACGAUCGCUCUACCAAGUGCUGCCCGAGCGUGCCACAUCAGGCAGCGGACAACUGAUGGCCUCCGAUCGCAUCUACGACAUGUCCUCUGCGCAGACGAAUGGGCCCGUGCUCGGUGCUGAAGGAAGCCGAGGGACGAAGCGCCCAGCGGACGCCGUGCAGAUGUCGAUCAACCCGGACGAGCUCGAUCACGGCGUCGGGGAUGAGGCUGGUCUGGGCGCGAGGUACGAUGCGGAGAGACGGGCCAAGGCCAAGAGCAGAUUUGCGUACGGGGACGACGAGGAGGGCGUCGCCGAGAUGAGGGAGCAGAUGCAGAGGGAGAGGAGGAAGGAGGAGGGGAAGCGGGCGAGCAGGAGGCAGGCCUGA